AGUCAUUACAUAAGAGAGAUUGUGGGUUCAACUCUUACUUCCUUCACUAUAUACCUAAUUUUUAUAAAAUAUGUAUUAUAUAUGAGAUGUGAGUAGAAUAGAGUAGAAUACAUCCUAAUCCUAAACCCGUACCUUACCCUACUCUACUCGCAGACAUACCCAAACCGUAUCCUACCCUAUUUACAGGGAGUCGGGAUUCCUUCCUAUAUAAGGAACCAAGUAGCCAGGACCAGGAUAUACUCAUACAGCCACAUUGCUGCCUUAAUAUAUUUCUCGAAGACUUUUAUCCAUAUCCAUAUAUCGUAGUAAGUCGUUCUUUUCUUUUCUUUUCUUUUCUUUUCUAUAUACUUAUUCCAUGCAUGUGUUUGCUAUGUGCUAACUGCAGAGAAGACUUGAAGACGUGAGAAGCCGCAAUCUGUUCUUCUCCGAUCCAUACUUGAAUAGCAUGCCUGUACACAUGCAAACCCUUCACAUGGUUGGUGGCUUGGGAGAAACAAGCUAUGCAUCCAACUCUUUGAUACAAAGAGAGGGGGUAUUGAAGACACAACCAAUUCUUGAAGAAGCAAUAAUGAAUGUGUAUGGCAACGACCUUUCAAGUUGUUUCAGAUUGGCUGACCUAGGAUGUUCUUCAGGGCCAAAUGCACUUCUUGUGGCAUCUAAUAUUAUUGCCAUUGUUGAUGCAAUUAGCCACACUUUGAACCGUGACCCUCCAGCACUUCAAUUCUUCCUCAAUGAUUUGUUUGGCAACGAUUUCAACAGCAUAUUCAAGGCACUUCCUGAUUUGUAUAAAAGAAUGGAACAAGAGAAAGGACCAAGAUCUCGUCCUUGUUUCUUUAAUGCUACCCUUGGCUCCUUCUAUGGCAGGGUUUAUCCCUCCAACUCCAUCAACUUUUUUCAUUCCUCUUUUGGUCAACACUUUCUUUCUCAGCCACCAAAAGGGUUGAAGAAGGAGGGAGAAGAAGUUAACAAAGGGAACACUUAUUUUACAAGCACUACUCCGCCGGCAGUGUACAAUGCAUAUUUGAAGCAAUUCAAAGAAGAUUUCAACGUGUUCUUGAAAUCACGUUCGGAGGAGUUAGUGCCUAAUGGAGGCAUGGUCCUCGUUUUCUUUGGCAGAGAUGCUAAAGAUGAAACCAAAAGCAUGAUAACACCUUGGGCACUAGUUGGUAUCGUACUCAAUGACAUGGUCCUCGAGAACAUUGUUGAAGAAGCAAAACUAGAUUCGUUCAAUUUUCCAAUUUAUGCUCCGACCAUAGAUGAAGUUAAGGAAACAAUAGAAGCAGAAGGGUCUUUCAGUCUUGAGAGAAUGGAAUUGAUCAAAUAUGGGUGGGAAGCAGGGCUAAUUACUAAUAAUAGUAAUGAUGAUGGGGAAUUACUUGUCGAUGAAGGAACCAAAGGUGAAUACAUUGCAAAAUACGUUAGGGCCAUAACUGAACCUCUGCUGAAGGCACACUUUGGUGAAUCAAUCAUGGACCCACUUUUUAUUAGGUAUAAGAACAAGGUUGCCAAGCUGCUCGAGGUCCAAACAUUGGGGCACUCUAUUCUCGCCAUGUUCAUGACCAAAAAAUGUUUGAAUUAAUUAAUUACGUAGUUUGGAGAAUAAUAAUAAAAGGGAUAUAUCACUACAACAAAUUUGAAUUGAGGUAACCCUUUAAAACGUUGUCUAUAAUAAGAAAAAAGGCAACACUUUUCGACAAAAAGCAACGCUUUUUAGGGUUAGCUAUACGGCCGUUACCUUUGGUCUAAGACAAAUGUUUUUGUGUGUUAAAGGGAAUCCUUUUUACGGCAACCUUCAAAAAACGUUGCCUUUUCUGAAAAUAAAGUCACUCCGCAAAAGGGUUGCCUUAGAGCACCCAAACACAACGCUUGAGAUGAGACGUUAUAGCAACACUUUUUACGAGUUGUAUUUUCUAAUACAUAAUGCAA